AGUGUUGAGUGCUGCUGAGUCUUGUGGCCAUGUGACGGCUUAAUUAAAGAAUAAUAAUAGAAUUUUUAUAUCAUACGCGGGGCAUUACACAAGCCAACAAACAUGGGCAAUGUGCAGCCGCGUCCACUUGAGCCGCGCAAUGUGGCAAACCGGCGAAGCAGUAUCCUUUGGAACUUUCGGUACUCGAAUGCGGCACGCCGGCGGGAGGAUCUCGCGGUGAUUGUGCACAACUCCAGGAUGAGCAUCGCCGAGUGGUUGGAUCUCUUGGAGCUGCAGCAGUACGAAGGUAACUUGCAGGCCUACAGCACUGUGGAUGAUGUGGUGGACAUUACGGAUAAGGAACUGAAACGCUGCGGCAUUCGCAGUGCCCAUCGCCAGCUGAUGAUCAACAGUCUGCUGGGUGUGCGGGCCAAGCGACGGCAAUCCAUGAACUUGGAGGCCAGCAGAAGUGUGCCGCGUGCCGUGCUGCGCCGCAAGAAUUCCUGUCCAUUGGUUUAUCUGGAGGAAAGUUCCAGCGAUAUCGCGGGAAGUGCCGAUAGCGGACGGGGCUUGAUUAUCACCAAAAGUGGCAAGGUUCUUAAGCAACUUGCUUUCGAUGAUACAAAUACCAUCUACGAGGAACUGAGACCGCGCUCCAAGUGCAACAGUCCCCAUUGGGCCAUUGACAGCGAGAUGGAGCUGACUAGCGGCAGCAAUGCCUCCACACCGAUUGCCAUCAACUCGCCGAAUCCCACGGAGCAACAGGAGGCCAUUGCCCUGAAGAAGGCACUCGAAUGGGAGCUGAGUCUGGAUGCCAGGGAGCUGCGUUCGCAUGCCUGGUACCACGGACCCUUGCCCCGCCAACGGGCCGAGGAGAUUGUGCAGCGCGAGGGCGACUUUCUGGUGCGGGACUGCGCCUCACAGCCGGAUAAUUAUGUGCUCAGUUGUCGCUGCAAGCUGGCAGUGCUGCACUUUGUGCUCAAUAAGUUGGUGCUACAACCGGAGACUGUGUACGAACGGGUCCAGUAUCAGUUUGAGGAAGAUGCCUUUGACACGGUGCCUGAUCUAAUCACGUUCUAUGUGGGCUCUGGCAAGCCCAUUUCAGCCGCCUCGGGCGCUCUCAUUCAGUAUCCGUGCAACAGGCGGUAUCCACUGUCCUUCUAUGGCCACAAGAUUGUGGGUAAUCAACUGCACAGCCAAAUGCUGGCCGGGCUACGUGGCCUGAGUCCGUUGAACUCUCCGAUCGGCAGCAAUGGCGCAGGAUCUGCAGUCUUUCGCUUUGAUCCACAGCAACAGCAGCAGCAGCAACAGCAGCAGCAACAGCAACAGCAGCAACAGCAGCAGCAACAAGAGCAGCAGCAGUCGGUGGCAUCUCCGGGCAGUCCACACUGCUCGCCACCACGAGCACGUCGCGAAGUUCCUCCGCCGCCUCGGCUGCCCUGCAAGAAGCAGCAGCAGCGAUCCCAGAGCCUGACGCCCGCCCAGGCCAUGGUCGUGAGCAACAUCAACAAGCUGCAGGAGCAGCACCAGCAGCAGCUGCAGGAGGCAAAUGGAAAUGGCAAUGGCAAUGGCAAUGGAAUGGCACGUUUCCAGACCAUAGCCAGAUGCAAUCCCACCAGCGAUCUGCAGCAGCAUUUGGAGAACAAAUUCACCACCCACUCGCUGCCAAGGCCGAGUACUUCCGCCGCACAGGCACUGCGCCAGCAGGCAGCGGCUAGGAUGUCCAGUUUGGCCAGAAACUGCAGCCUGGACACACCGUCGGAUUCGAGUCGGCCACCCAGUCCGCCGCCCAAGCCGCGCAAGGAGCCGAUGGCCGCCGUGCUGGCUUACCAGGCGAGUGGCUCCGACUCGGGCAACGGCUCGGGCGACUCUGCGCUGGGGGAUGGCAGCGAGGUGAGCAUACAGCGUGGCGUGAUCAUCAAGAAUCCAAGAUUCAUGAGCAGCUCCGUGUCCAAUGGCACACUGAAGAGCUUCACCGAGUUCGAUGCCAUGGCGGCCGAGGAGAAUCUCUUCACAUUGGCCAUUGAGGAGGUGCGCGUGGGCAGCAAAUUUGACUUUGAGAACUUCAGCACAUUGCUGCUGCCGUCGGUGGAGAACAAGCCGCUGGAUGGGGAUGCCCUGAACACCUUCAAGAUGAUGCUCCUGGAAACGGGUCCCAAGCUGCUGGCGGAGCACAUAACCCGCAUCGAUAUCGGUCUGUUUCUGGAGCAGCCCGACGAUGAGUUGGACUACUUUCUGAGCUGUUCGGGCCUGGAGCUGCUGACACUGCCGCAUGGCAAACUCUUUCGCGAGGAUAUCAUUGAGCGGACGCAGUGCAUCAAGCUGAUGGUGGCCGUCACCAUACUCACCUGCCAGACGGAUCUGGAUCGGGCACAGCUGCUCAGCAAGUGGAUACAGAUUGCCGUGGAGACGAAGACGGCGUUGGGGAAUCUAUUUGGCUUCUGUGCCAUUAUGUUGGGGCUGUGCAUGCCACAGAUCCAAAAACUCGAUCAGGCCUGGCACAUUCUAAGGCAAAAGUACACGGACAGCGCGUUCACGUUCGAGGCCAAGCUGCGUCCCACUUUGAGCAGCAUGAACGAGGCCUCCAAUCCGCAGGCGCCCAACACCACAGUGCCGCAUGUGCUGCUCUAUGCCCUGCUCAUCGAUCGUCCGGUCAUGGAUAUUAUCAAUCAUUCGAAUAUGGACGAUCGUCCGGCACUAUAUCACACCUGCAUUGCGCCCUGGGAAUCGAAGGCGGAUGACUUUGGCAUGUCCAUCAAUUUCCAGCAUUUGGAUGCCUCGCGCGGCUUCCUCAAGAGCCUCGAUCUGUACCGCAAGAAUGCCAAAAUGAUGCUCGAAGAUGCCAGCACGAGGCUGGAUGAGCUGCUAUCGGAUGCUUUUCGAACUGAAUUCCAUGUGAAGUUUCUAUGGGGCAGCUGUGGGGCCACGGCCAAGCCCGAGGAUCGGCAUGGCAAGCUGGAAAAGGUGCUAACACUAAUGGCCGACAAGUUCUGCAUGAUGGCCGAGAAGUAAAGUGAAAAAAAAAAAAAAUAAAACACAAACGCAACGAUAUGAUAUGGACUCUAGUUUCUAGUUGAUAAUAAUUACUAAUUACUAAUCAAAAUGAUCGUCAUCCCACACACUUCCAAAACUCUACUAUACACUACACCACUCUAUCAAUCAAUCAAUCAAUCAAUCAAUCAAUCUACUAUCUAUGUAUCUCCAAUUGUCUACAGACCCUCCGCAAAUUUGAAUUUCGUGCUGUUCUCUACCUCAGCCUGGGUACAUUCUGUAUUUAUAUAUAUAUAAUUUAAGCCAGAAACCACACACAGAAGCACUUUAUGUUACAGUUCAAAAAAAUAUUUAUGUAUUAAUCCUUAGUUAAGCCAAAACUAAAACAAAAAAAACCAAAAACUCUAGUUAUACGACAACGGAAUGGAGGAAAGGGAAGGAAUCAAAAUAGAAACCUACUACAGUAUAUACGAGAUAUUUAUUUAUCCACGCAACUCUCUCCAAGAGGGCACACAACAAUCUUCUAACUCUGAACACUCUGAACUACCAAAGUCUAGUACUUAAAUUAUAUUCAACUAAAUAACUUAUUAAACUAUAGAGCGGACAAUAUACAUUAAUCAAAGGCAGCAUAUUUAUAGUACACACAUAUACAUACAUAUGUACACUCCCACACACACAUAUGUAACAGCGGUAUAUAGGCAUAGGCCCCCCACUAAGAAUGCAUAAUUCUUUUGCAAUUUUGAUAAGUGAUAGUGCAGUAAAUAAAAUGCAAAUACAAAUACAGAAAAUAUUAUAAAAAUCUU